GGGUCGCGGGCCGCUUGGCUGGUCAGAGUUUCCGUCGUGAGCACCGCUUUGUAGGGUCUUGAUGGCCAGGGAGUCUGGGGGCGUCUGCAACGGACUGCAGACCUGAGAGGCGCGGAGCUUCCCCGGCCGAGGCCUGCUUGUCCGCCUCCCUUAUUUUACAGUAGUUAGCCGAGGCUCAGCGAGAGGGAAUUAAUUUGAUAGCACGUAUUGAUGGCUCUGAAGAAGUCAUCAUUCUCACUGGAUUCCAGUGAGAGUGACUCUGAGGAGUUGCCAACAUUUGCCUUUCUGAAGAAGGAAUCAUCUUCAACAAACAGGAGACAGCCUCAGAGGGAGGAGACGAUUGUAGUGGUUGACAUCUCAGAUUCUGAGGCCUCCUGUCCUCUAUCACCAGGAUUGAAAGAUUCACUGCUUGUCCCAGACACAGCUGAAACUGUCACACAAACAGAGCCAGUCAAGGUGCUAAGCAGUGAAAGUGAGGAUGAAGUGGAACUUCUUCCCCUGGCUGAGAGGCUUGCAUGUAAGUUUUUGACACACAAGCAGCUGAGCCCUGAGGACUCUAGCUCCCCAGUUAAAAGUGUUUUGGACCAUCAAAAUAAUGAAGGAACAUCAAGUGACUGGAAAAAGCAGCCCUUUCCAAAGAUCCCUGAAGUUCCCCUGCAUGAUACGCCAGAGAGGAGUGCAUCAGAUAACAAGGACCCUAUCUUAGACAAUCCGUGCCAUCAGCUUCCAGCCUAUGAGUCUACCUGCCCUGUCCAGAGCAACAGCUUGACAGCAGCCAAAACAAAUUCUGACAUCCUCCCACCUCAGAAGAAAACCAAGCAUAGUCAGAAGGUCCAGGGAAGAGGCUCACAGGGAUGCCAGCAGCAGGGACAAGAAAGCCAGAAGGAAAGCACCCUGAGACAACAGGAAAGAAAGAAGAAGGCAGCACUGGCUAACAGGCUGAAAUCCCAGAGGCCAGAGGAAUGCUUGAAACACAUCAUUGUGGUGCUGGAUCCAGUGCUUUUACAGAUGGAAGGUGGGGGCCAGCUCCUCGGAGCGUUGCAGUCCAUGGGGUGCUGCUGUGUGAUUGAGGCGCAGGCUGUGCCUUGCAGUAUCACUUGGAGGAGGAGGACUGGGCCAUCUGAGGAUGGUGAGGACUGGGUGGAGGAGCCAAUGGUCCUGGUAUUGCUUCUGGCAGAGGCGUUUGUAUCCAUGAUCUACAACUUAAAACAGGGAAGUCUGGGCAACACUGAGAAAGGGAAGGAAACACUUCAGGGCUUUGUAACUGACACCACAGCAAGAACAGCCGGGAAAGCUCUGUCACUGGUGAUUGUGGAUCCGGAGAAGUGCUUCAGUGCUCAGAAUCCCCCAAGGAGAAGGAAACAGGGAGUGGCAAACAAACAGGCCAAGCAGAAGCAGCAACAGAGACAACCAAAGGCUACCUUGGGGUCUGUGGUGUCCAGGGUAGAUGUGGAAGAGGCAUUGGUGGAUCUGCAGCUACACACAGAAGCCCAGGCUCAAAUUGUGCAGAGCUGGAAAGAACUGGCCGACUUCACAUGCUCAUUCACAAAGGCUGUGGCAGAGGCACCCUUCAAGAAGCUCCGAGAUCAAACUAGCUUCUCCUUCUACGUGGAGAGUGACUGGGCUGGAGGGGCGAAGGUGGAUCGCGCUGGCAGGGGACUUGCACUGGUCUGGAGAAGACAGAUUCAGCAGCUAAACCGAGUCAGCCUGGACAUGGCCAGUGCUGUUGUGGAUGUCUAUCCCUCCCCACAACUCCUGGUACAGGCUUAUCAGCAGUGUUUUUCGGAGCAAGAACGCCAGAAUUUGCUUGCAAACAUACAAGUGCGCCGUGGGGAAGGUGUGACGUCUACCUCCCGCCGUGUUGGACCAGAGCUGUCCAGGCGUAUCUACCUUCAAAUGACCACUUUACAACCAGAUCUCUCUUUAGACAGUGCUGAUGGAUGCUAGCACUCAGGGACAAGGGUGAAAAGCUGGAGAUUUCCACCUCCCCAACCUCAGAGCCAGACUGCAGCGAGGGAGACUGGCAGUCCCUCCUGGAGCACAAGCCUGGCCGAGGCCCACAAGUCUUUUGUGGGUUUCAUUACUUGUCAAAGUCUCCCUUCCUGUCAACUUGGGGAGAAGACUGAGGUCCUUACAUCUACAGCAUUUAAUGUGCCUGUCCUAGCAAAAAUCAGUUGUGAUGGACAAACCAUGUUACCCCUGUCCCAGCCAGCCCUCAAAAUACAAAGGAACAAAGACGGACCACUCAGACAUAUAUUUAAUAAUUGUAGAAAUCCAAAAGAAUCAUCAUCAAAUCUUGAAGUCAUGAGUGAACUAUCGCCUGUGGGUUGGCGUCGUGACUAGGCUCAGCCACUGAGAUGCCUCAACCAGCCAAGGAGCAGGGUAUGAUGGUUAUGCUGACUUCUAUAUUGUCUUAAUCUCAUCUUAUGUAUUAUGUAUUUAGUUUCAAUAAAGCAUUUAUAUCAAUG